UGUUUUAACCCAGCAUCGCUACAUUCCUCAUCGAGCGCUCGCAUGUCUUCAAAUUGCUUCAGUCUGUGCCUUAUGUUGUGUGUGUGUGCACGCGCGUUUUAGCCUCUCCUCGGAGGCCACGUGGCGUGCUGCUGUUCUGCGUGGGUGGCUGUUGCAUUGGCAGGGGUUUCCGAUGAGGUAAGCGCAGGGUAGGAGCCCGAGUUGACGAAGGGGGGCAGCCAAAGUUUCUGAGCACUGCUUCACAAUUCUUAACUGUGCAGUGGUGGUGGCGGCGCUCGCCAAUUCUGAUGCUUCCCCAGCGAAGCGGUCGUUCGCAAACGGCCUCUCUUGGGGAUUUGAUGAAACCGCUCGCCUGUACUCGGCGCUGGAUGCUGACGACGGGAAGCUAGUCGAUGUGACGAGGGUUUGUGAAGAAACGUGCUCAUCCAAACCGCACCGCGGCACCGUCAACUUUUCACCCGUAAAGGCGCCCGUGCAGCAGUGUGCAUCAGCGGCGUGCGGGUGCCGUGAGGUGGUGGUGCCGAAGAGAUGGGUGCCCUAGCAUGUGCUCUUUUGCUGGCUGCGCUGGUGCCCGUGACGGAGAGCGCGGCGCUGCCUGCAAAAUUCUACCUGAAAAGGCGCGUGGCCGGCGUCUUUCACUACGACCAGGGCCGCCGUUACUCUCUGAGCUUCCCCGAGGCACGGCACGCGUGCGCCGAGGUGUUUGGGGCAGAGCUGGCGUCUCACCAGCAGCUGGCGACCGCCCUGCGCGCCGGCAUGGAGGACUGCCGCGCCGGUUGGCUGGCAUCGCGCGAGGUGGCCUACCCGAGGAUCCAUGCCACGUGGCGCUGCGGGCAGCACCGCACCGGAAUCAUCUCGUACGGCGUGCGCAACGCGAGCACCGAGAGGUGGGACGCGUUCUGCUACGGCUUUGGCGACGGCGGUGGCGGUGACGACGACGACGAGGUGGCCGUCGCAUCGACCGCCACGACAGGGCUCGCGUCGACAGCUAAAACCGUCAGCGACGUGAGCUCGCGGCCAGACAACGUGCCGGCCAGGAGCUCUCCGGCGUCAAUAGUUAUAUCACGAGGGGCGGAACGACCUACGGCGAAGACGAGAUCGUCCCUUGUGACAGAAACAUUGCUCGGGACAGGAUCUUUUGUGGAAACGCAAGCGUUGCAAGAGAAAGGACCAUCACUGAAUGUUGGGCCAUCGCCAGUGGCAGGACCGUCACCGGGGAAAGGAAUGGCAUCUUCACCAUCACGAGAAGCAGAACCAUCUCCAGAAGUGGAGACUUCUACAGAGGCAGGGCCGUCACUGCAGAUGACAAUGCCGUUGUCGACAAGAUCACCGGAGGCAGAAUCGUUACUGGAGACAAGACCGUCACCAAGGGCAGGACCAUCACCGGGAUUAUCACUGGGACCAUCAUGGGAGACAGAACCAUCGCUUGUGACAGAACCACUACUAUUGGCAGAACCAUCACUGUUGACAGAAACAUCGAUUAUGACAAAAUCAUUGCCUGUAAUAGACCCUUCAAUCUUGACAGAAUUCUCAUUUGUGACAGAACCAAUGCUAGAGACACAACCAUCAGUGCUGACAGAACCAUCACUAUUGGCAGAACCAUCGCUAGUGACAGAACCAUCGCUAUUGACAGAACCUUCAAUCGUGACAGAACCAUCACUAGUGACAGAAUCAUCGCUAUUGACAGAACCUUCAAUCGUGACAGAACCAUCACUAGUGACAGAACCAUCACUAGUGACAGAACCAUCACUAUUGACAGAACCUUCAAUCGUGACAGGACCAUCACUAAACCAUCGCUAG